AGAAGCCCAAGCUUCCCACGCCCGGGUGCUAGAGGCCCCUGUGGGAUGACGAGAGCCCCACGGCGGGAUUUUGAGGGGUCUAGGUAACUACAGAAUAUUCAAGGCACCCUACUUAUGCACCAAGGAACCCCAAGGUGGUUCUGGGAGACGCUGAGGGGUCAUGUGAGUCUUAGGGAAGUUCUGAAGAACCACGAGGGAUCACGGGAUCCUCAUGAGGAUCUUAAGAGGCCCUGAAGAAUCACGGGAGCCCCAAGGGACAUUCUGAGAGGCCGUGAGGGGUCAGGGGAGCCCCACGGGGGUCUUCGGAGGGGCAGCAGGGCCAUGGCGGACUCGAGGCUGCUGGUGCCAGAGCUAAGCGAGGCAGAGACGAUGGGCGCUGAGACGGCGCGUUUCGAGGAGCUGCUGCUGCAGGCCUCCAAGGAGCUCCAGCAAGCCCAGACAAGCAAACCAGAGUCAACACAGAUCCAACCUCAGCCUGGUUUCUGCGUAAAGACCAACUCAUCGGAAGGGAAGGUUUUCAUCAACAUCUGCCACUCACCCUCCAUCCCUCCUCCCGCUGACGUGACCGAGGAUGAGCUGCUUCAGAUGCUGGAGGAGGACCAAGCCGGGUUUCGCAUCCCUAUGAGUCUGGGAGAGCCUCACGCUGAACUGGAUGCAAAAGGCCAGGGUUGUACCGCCUACGACGUAGCUGUCAACAGCGACUUCUACCGGAGGAUGCAGAACAGCGAUUUCUUGCGAGAGCUCGUGGUCACCAUUGCCAGGGAGGGCCUUGAGGACAAAUACAGCCUGCAGCUGAAUCCAGAGUGGCGCAUGUUGAAGAACCGGGCUUUCCUGGGCUCCAUCUCCCAGCAGAAUAUCCGGUCCCGGCAGCGUCCUCGGAUCCAGGAGCUGGAGAACCUGUACACUCCCGACUCCCUCCGACCUGAGGAAAGCCCUGAAAAGCCUCACUUGAACCUUUGGCUGGAAGCCCCUGAUCUCCUCUUGGCUGAAAUUGACCUCCCCAAACUGGAUGGAGCUCUGGGGCUGUCGCUGGAGAUUGGCGAGAACCGCCUGGUGGUGGGGGGCCCCCAGCAGCUGUACCAUCUGGAUGCCUACAUCCCCCUGCGGAUCAACUCUGACGAGAGCAAGGCGGCCUUCCAUCGGAAGAGAAGGCAACUGAUGGUGGCAAUGCCCCUUCUGUCGGUGCCUUCUUGACUGGCUGUCUGCCCAUCUUUCCGAGUGGGGAGAAGAGGCUGGUAGCUUCUCUAAAAUUGAAAUAAAAGAUGUUUCCAUUG